AUGGAAAUGAAAGACGCUUCGACUCGGAUAAAAAUUGACCGGUCUCACAGGCUAGGAAAACAACAAAGCAGCAGACAAACCACAAUUGCAAAAUUCAACUACCACCAGGACAAAGAGGCCGUUCGUCUGAAUGCAAAGAAACUUAAAGGAAUGAGGAUUGGGGUGGCCGAACAAUAUCCUGAAGAAAUAGAGAAACUCCGGAAAAGUUUGUAUCCUGACCUUAGAAAAGCUAAAGCUGCUGGUAAAAUGACAAAUAUAGUAAGAGAUAAACUGAUUAUUGAUGGUGCUGUUUUCAAUCUGUCGUUAAA